AUGGUAAAGCGGUGUGUCGUUGGAUCUUGUAAUAACUCGAACAAAACAGGGCAUUCUACUCAUUUUUUUCCAAAAGAAGAAAGAAUUCGGCGCCAGUGGAUAAACUUCGUCCAAAUUAAACGUGCAGACUUCUUAGAGCCUACAGAACACUCCAUAAUCUGUGGCGCUCAUUUUGCAAACGAAUGUUUCGAGGAUGAUGGGAUGGUCAAAAUGGGGCUCAAAGAUAAAAGAAGUAAUUUGAAAACCGGUUCGGUCCCCACAAUUCAACCCCAGCGACCCAAAGCAUUACCCGAAGCGCGUAAGCGGACUAUGAAGAGCGAAGAAAAAGAAAUACCGGCGACUGCGAGUCAGACUCCUGGCAAAAGGUCACGAACAAGUAGAGCUGUGCACAAGUUAUCAGUUUCUAGGGUAAGUAAGCCAAUGUAAUAUAUUAAGAAGAAUUUUUUCAUUAGGUCAGUAUGAACCGUUCCCCCUUCCUCAAGUAUAUUCUACUUUUUUUCACAGUUAUUGGCCGAUACUAAACGUGCCUCCGUCGCUGCGAACGCCGUCACGUCAGCUUCCGAGACUAUGCCCGUGGACACUGAAACAAGUGCUUGCUCUGAACAUGUGACGUCUCCCAGGUUUAAAGAGGUAGCAGUUCAAUGCGAUAUUCUGCACGAAACGUCUAUGGGUAAAGGUAGGUUACGCUUAGACAUAAUCUUACCUCGCUUUUUUCUUGCCCCCUAACCGGUUAUCUAAUGUAGAAUCACUAUCCAACAGGCACACAAGUAGAACCUUUGAGAGAAGAUUUUCAGGUGCAGUGCGACUUUAUUACAGCUCCUUUAAGCACUAGUACACCAGAAUGCAGCCCUGUUAAAAGUCUAGGAGGACGCAGCGUGGACGAUGACAAAGAUUUCGAUUAUGUUCCACCGACUGAUUUGUCUCUUGAGGAAGCCGAGGACGACAUUGAAGAAUAUGAAGGGAGUCCGUCAAAGUAAUGUACCGCCGUACACUGGUUAUGUUUUUGAAGAGAUAUCGCGGUUUGUUUGUUUUCUUUUUUUUUCUUAUUUUUCGCUGAUGGUUUUCACUUCUUAUUCGUUAACAUAUAGGUUAAUUGGCAAAAAGGAUCCUGUGGCUCCCCAGGAUGAGAAAAAGUACAUUGUCUUCUUCUCCUGUCUGAUGGAACUGUUCGCGGUAUGCCCUAAUUGUACUGAACCUGCCACAGCUGAAGUAACUAAAGUAAUAGGCACUCAGAUCUAUGUGACUCAGAAGUGUCCCGCCUGCAAAUUUGUUCGUCAGUGGAAAAGUCAACCCAAUAUUCGAAGAAUUCCUGCAGGAAAUCUUUUACUCUCAUCUGCCAUUCUUUAUUCGGGCAGUAUGAUAUCACAGACCCUGCGAAUAUUCAAGAUCCUUAAGGUGGAGUGCUUUAGUCGGCAGACGUUUCACAAACACCAGAAGAAUUAUCUUAUCCCCGUUGUUAUAAAAUUGUGGAAGGAGGAGCAAGACAGAGUUAUACAGAUUAGGGACCUUUAG